CAAAAAAACCAAAACAGAAAAACAAACAAACGCUUCUUUCUUUCUUCUUCUUCUUCUUUACGGAGCCUCUCCGGCCGCCUGAAUUUUCUUCCUAAUCCCGGCGACUCCUCCUCCUCCUCCUCCUCCUUGAGUUUCUCCGUUUUCGAUUUCAUAAUCUUAAAAUUCAAUUUCAAAUCGAAUAACAAUAAAUAACAGUAAUAAUAACUAAUAAAUGGCGGGUCAGUCCAGAAAGUGGAUGAUCCUGGUGGCGGUAAUAUGGAUUCAGGCGUUCACGGGGACGAAUUUCGAUUUCUCGGCGUACUCGUCGGCGAUGAAACGGGUGUUAGGGGUUUCCCAAGUGCAGCUGAAUUAUCUGGCCACGGCUUCCGACUUGGGGAAGGCCUUCGGCUGGUCAUCCGGCUUGGCUCUCAUGUAUUUGCCGUUGUGGCUCGUUAUGUUCAUGGCGGCUUUCAUGGGUCUCGUCGGCUACGGCCUUCAGUGGCUCCUCAUUGAGAAUGUCAUCACUCUGCCUUAUUUUGUGCAUCUGCUGGUUCAAUACAGUGUGUUUUGUUCUUUGCAUAAAGAAUUUCCCUUCUAAUAGACCCCUUGCACUUGCUCUAACGGUUAGCUUUAAUGGCGUGAGCGCGGCCUUAUACAACCUCGCAGCAAAUGCAAUAAACCCUUCAUCAAGUGCAUUCUACCUUCUUCUCAAUGCAUUCAUCCCGUUAUUAACAUCACUUGUAGCGCUCAUCCCGAUUCUUCGUCAACCUCCUGUGGAUACAGUUGAAACUCUCCCUUCGGACGCUGUAAAGCGUGAUCAGUUGAUAUUCAUCAUUCUGAACUUUGUGGCUGUAAUCACCGGCGUAUACCUCCUCUUAUUACAUUCAUCGGAUUCAAGCACUGCUCGUGCUUUAUUUGUGGGUGCCAUCUUCUUACUUUUACUUCCUUUAGGUAUCCCUGGUAUUGUCUAUGCGAGGGGUUGGUUUCAUCAAAACAUUUACUCGAGCUUUCGCCUGGAGAGCUCCAGUUUCAUACUAAUUGAUCACGAUGACCUCGAGUUGCACAAAUCACUUCUCAGUCAGGACAAUAGCUUGAGAAAUGGAUCGCUGUAUUCUGAUGAUGGCAGCCUAAACAAAGGACUUGUGAGACAAGAAAGUGCCGAAUCAACAGGGCGAUGUUGUGAGAGUGUGAUGGAGAAGGAUCAGCUGGUAAUGCUUGGGGAAGAGCACAAUGCUCGAAUGCUUCUCCGUAGGCUGGAUUUCUGGUUAUACUUUUUUGCAUACUUUUGUGGCGGUACGAUUGGACUGGUCUAUAGCAACAACCUAGGCCAGAUAGCUCAGUCUCUUGGACAGGGAUCAAGGAUUUCAGUCCUUUUAACAUUAUAUUCAUCAUUCUCCUUCUUUGGCCGCCUACUUUCAGCAGUACCGGACUUCAUCAGGACGAAAUUCUAUUUUGCAAGGACAGGAUGGCUAGCUGUAGCAUUGCUGCCUACACCGAUUGCAUUCUUUUUGCUGGCUGCAACGGGCAGUGAAAUGGCACUUGAAGUAGGAACAUCUUUGAUUGGAUUGAGCUCUGGGUUCAUUUUUGCUGCUGCAGUCUCCAUAACAUCCGAGCUUUUUGGACCUUGCAGUGCAGGUGUUAAUCACAACAUUUUAAUUACAAACAUUCCAGUUGGAUCGCUUCUUUAUGGUUUCCUAGCAGCAGUUGUUUAUGACGCCAAUUCUGGUUCAGGCCUAAGCACAGUAACUGAGUCUGUAGUAUGUAUGGGUAGGAAAUGCUAUUUUUAUACCUUUGUAUGGUGGGGAUGUAUCUCUGUUAUAGGCCUAGUUUCAAGCGUGCUGUUGCUCUUGAGAACUCGACCCGCUUAUGAUCGAUUUGAGAAGAGUAGGAUUUAUACAACGUUGUAUUAGGGAUGUGAACAGACAACAACGUUGUAUUAGGGAUGUGAACAGACAUUUUAAGUGUACAAAAUCACUGGUGUCAUCUUAGUUUACAAUGCGAAUUAGCGUGUUAAAUAUCAAGAGAAAUAGCAUUUUGCAGCUAUUGAUCAUGAUUCUUCUCCUCUUCACAGCCAUAGGAAUUUUAUAUCUUUGAAAGACUCCCCUAAUUUGAUCUAAAUGUUCUUCUAAAGGAACAAAAUCAAUCCUGGAUUCUGAUUGAAGAUGGACAUACUGUAUCUGGUCUGACAAUGUUCGAUCUUGAAAUUUUGUGAAUCCAAACAAGCAGUGUCAGAGUUUCAUACAAAAACUGAGAAAAAAACAAAAAUGAAUGAAUGAAUUUGACUACAUUGGUCUUUAAGGUUUGAAAUAUGUUCAAUCUUUUACACCCCAACGCCACAACAUUUUCUCCGAAAUUUUAUUGCAUUGCAGAUUGCUACAAUUUGUGUAGCGUGGAUCCUUGAUCACAAUUUUCCAAUGUCCAUCUGUGUAGUUUCUUUUCUCUGCUUCUCUUCUGUCAUAUUCCAACUGUGCUCUCUGUCUAGCUUUAAGCAUGCAGUAUCCUUGCAGUUUUUCCAGCAUCGCGUCGUGUGCUCUCCACCAGAUCCUGUGAGCAUCAUCGCUGGCAAACUCCUGCAGUUUCCCGACAUUCCAGUUGCAGUCGUAGUCUCUGGAGCACAUCCAGGGCUUGUAAAAUCCCAAAUAGUGAAUGACAUAAAGUAUUGGCGGUUCUGCUGCAAUGAGCUGGAUUUUCUUUUGGUUCACUUCGUCGCUCUGAUAGGCAAGGAAGUUUUUGAGGAAAUUCAGGCGUUCUGGCAUCCGGUGCCACCAUGGAAAUAUUUCAUUCAAGUAUCCUUGAUCUCCACCAUUGUAUGAUUCAAACUCAUAUAAAUGGUCCAUCAGCAACUGGAAGGUACAAUUUGAUGGUUCAAUCACCAUCACGCCGGUGUUGAAAAGGGUACCAUGGUUGCCUCUGGCUGUGAUCUCCGGCAUCGUGAACAAGAAAUCGAUGUUCCUACGAAUGAGCAAAUCAGAAUCAAUGAAAAUGAUCUUGUCGUAGUCUGUCAAUUGCCAGAGUCUGAAUUUGCUGUAGUUCCACUCAUUGUAAGCUUCUUUCCGAGCUUUGGGAUUUCGGAUUCCCUUUAUGGUCCGUACCUCCCAUCCUGCCAUCUGAAGUCCAUUCUUGUGAUACUUAUCCAUCUUCUCAUCAACAAGAACCACCAGAUCCUUCGUCGAUCCAGACAUUCGGAUACUCUGCGCCGCGACUAUAGCUCCACAGAUAAACAGCUGAGCUCCAACCAGGAUCGUCGCGUAUGCUUCCCGCUGUUUUUUCACUGGUAAAUCUUGCGCUGUUUGACAAACAUGACUCUUAUUUUAAGACAGACAUGCGGAUAGUAGGUACUAAGUAGUAUCCUUAUGACAAAAUGAAACAGGAUGGAACUAACCUCUUACUCCAAGUGGCACUGCAAGUUCACAGGAUCCCUGUGGUAGCUGACAUUUUUCAGUGGCUAACUUGAUAUUUGGCUUGUACAACCAGGCAAAGCCAACAUGUCCAGCCAGGCCAUUACAAGGGAACAAAUUCGGUACCGGAAAACACUUGGUGAUGAACAAUAUGUGGACAGGGAACAGGCCUUUCGCCGAUGUUACCAAACCAGCGACCGCAAGCUGCAAGUGUAGCCUUGGAACAUCUCUCAUCCAAUUCUUGGUUUGUGAACAAGGAAGCUUAACUGCUACAAGAUCCAGAUGGUUUAUCGGAACUUCGAGUUUGGGUAAUGUAGGGCAGCUAGGGACCUCAUUCACUUGUUCUUCAUCAAUCCAUUCUGGGUACAGGGAAUCCCAAGUUAGGUUCUUCUCAGCAUUCUCUAGCUGUAGCAAUGUGUGAUUUGCAGAAGGGACCAGCUUCUUCCAUUGACUGAUUUCUGUAGUGUUGAAAUUGAGGAGCCCAACUCCAUGGAUUUCAUCCUUUUGUAAUAAUUGCUCUAGAACAUGUGAAAUAUCAUCCCACUUGAUUUCCAAGUCUG